AUGGCGCAGUUUGCAGCACAAGGGCGAGUUAAGUUGCUCUUUAAUGGCGAGGGAGUGGCAUUGGAACAAAAAGGAGACCCAUUUAACAACAACAUGUUCACAUCAAUCCAACCCCACACCUACAACCGCAGGCUCGGCAGGCCACACCUGGAUUCUACUAGGCUUUACUCUUCUUCUUCUAUGAACAAGGCAAAGCGUCUGAAUGCCGAGGCCCGUUUGUUUGUUGGCGGCGAUGAGGCUGGUCCUGGUCAUGACGAUGCUUCCGAGUUUGAGAGGGAUGAUGAGUUGGCUUGUUUCAGAGGCCUCGUCUUGGAUAUCUCCUACAGGCCAGUUAAUGUUGUCUGCUGGAAGCGUGCUAUUUGCUUGGAAUACAUGGAGAAGGCAGAUGUACUUGAAUACUAUGAUCAGACUGUAAAUUCUCCAAAUGGAUCCUUCUACAUACCUGCUGUCCUAAGGGUUCCACAUUUACUGCAGAUUGUAAAGAGAAGAAGAAUUAAGAACAAUCUUAGUCGUAAAAAUAUACUAUGUCGGGACAGUUUCACUUGUCAGUACUGUUCUUCACGUGAAAACUUGACUAUUGACCAUGUUUUGCCAAUUGUACGUGGUGGAGAAUGGAAGUGGGAAAAUCUGGUCACUGCAUGUGCAAGAUGCAACUCGAAGAAAGGUCAGAAGACAUUAGAGGAAGCAAAUAUGAAGCUGACUAAAGUCCCCAAGGCUCCGAAAGACUAUGACAUACUUGCCAUACCGCUGACCAGUGCCGCAAUUAAAAUGCUGAAAAUGAGAAAGGGAACUCCUGAAGAGUGGCUCCAAUACUUAUCAAAGCCUUCUUCAGAGCCAUGA